AUGGCAGGUGGUGUAGUUAAGGUCAAAGAACUGGACUGGCUCAGAGACGACCUGUGCACAGACCCGGAGGUCCCCUUCAGCUGGUCGCAGGAGGACGUCUCCGACCUCUACAGCCACACCACCAUCCUGCUUGCAGCCGAAGUGUUUUACGAUGAUGACCUAACCGACGCUCUGUUUAAAACGCUGUCCCGCCUCGUUCACAAACUGAAAAACGCCUGCACGGCCAUUCUGUCUGUGGAGAAGAGGCUGAACUUCACACUCAGACACCUGGACGUCACGUGUGAAGCCUACGACCACUUCCGCUCCUGGCUGCAGCGGCUGGAGAGGCUUGCGGACGGCCGGCUGCGCUUCGUGGUGGAGCCGGUGGAGGCCUCCUUCCCACAGCUCCUUGUCUAUGAGCGCAUCCAGCAGCUGGAGCUCUGGAAGAUCUUUGUGGAACCAGUAAUGUGAUCCAUCGCAUCCACAAGCACGGCUUCUCGACUGUUCUUAGAAUGCGUUUCUAAUAAAAUGGAAAGCUCAUAAAAUAA